CGCGCGUGAAGGGCCGCCUGGGGCCGAGCGGGCGCCGCCAACAUGUCGGAUACCAAGGUAAAAGUUGCCGUCCGGGUCCGGCCCCUGAACCGACGAGAACUGGAACUGAACACCAAGUGCGUGGUGGAGAUGGAAGGGAAUCAAACGGUCCUGCACCCUCCUCCUUCUAACACCAAGCAGGGAGAAAGGAAACCUCCCAAGGUAUUUGCGUUUGAUUAUUGCUUUUGGUCCAUGGAUGAAUCUAACACUACAAGAUAUGCUGGUCAAGAAGUGGUUUUCAAGUGCCUUGGGGAAGGAAUUCUUGAGAAAGCCUUUCAGGGGUAUAAUGCUUGCAUUUUUGCAUAUGGACAGACAGGCUCAGGAAAAUCCUUCUCCAUGAUGGGCAGUGCUGAGCAGCGGGGCCUCAUUCCAAGGCUCUGCUGUGCUUUAUUUCAAAGGAUCUCUCUGGAGCAAAAUGAGUCACAGACCUUUAAAGUCGAAGUAUCCUAUAUGGAAAUUUAUAAUGAGAAAGUUCGGGAUCUUUUAGACCCCAAAGGGAGUAGACAGUCUCUUAAAGUUCGAGAGCAUAAAGUUUUGGGACCAUAUGUAGAUGGUUUAUCCCAACUGGCUGUCACUAGUUUUGAGGAUAUCGAGUCAUUGAUGUCUGAGGGAAAUAAGUCUCGGACGGUAGCUGCGACCAACAUGAAUGAAGAAAGUAGCCGCUCCCAUGCUGUGUUCAACAUCAUCAUCACUCAGACGCUGUAUGACCUACAGUCUGGGAAUUCGGGAGAGAAAGUGAGCAAGGUCAGCUUGGUGGACCUGGCGGGUAGCGAGAGAGUGUCUAAAACGGGAGCCGCGGGAGAGCGACUGAAAGAAGGCAGCAACAUUAACAAAUCACUUACAACCUUGGGGUUGGUUAUCUCAUCGCUGGCUGACCAGGCAGCUGGCAAGGGUAAAAACAAAUUUGUGCCUUAUCGCGAUUCAGUCCUCACUUGGCUUCUUAAGGACAAUCUGGGGGGCAACAGCCAGACCUCUAUGAUCGCCACCAUUAGCCCAGCAGCGGACAACUACGAAGAGACCCUCUCCACACUGAGAUAUGCUGAUCGAGCCAAAAGGAUCGUUAACCAUGCCAUUGUGAAUGAGGAUCCCAACGCAAAAGUCAUCCGGGAACUGCGGGAGGAAGUGGAGAAACUGAGAGAGCAACUCUCGCAGGCUGAGGCUAUGAAGGCCCCCGAACUGAAAGAGAAGCUCGAAGAGUCUGAAAAGCUGAUAAGAGAACUAACAGUGACUUGGGAAGAGAAGCUGAGGAAAACAGAAGAAAUUGCACAGGAGAGGCAACGACAACUUGAAAGUAUGGGGAUUUCCCUGGAGACGUCUGGUAUCAAGGUGGGGGAUGACAAGUGCUACUUAGUCAACCUGAAUGCAGACCCUGCUCUCAACGAACUUCUGGUUUAUUAUUUAAAGGACCAUACCAGGGUAGGUGCAGAUACCUCUCAGGACAUCCAGCUCUUUGGGAUAGGAAUUCAGCCUGAGCACUGUGAGAUUGAUAUUGCUUCUGAUGGAGAGGUCACCCUCACUCCAAAAGAAAAUGCAAGGUCCUGUGUAAACGGCACCCUCGUGUGCAGCACCACCCAGCUGUGGCACGGGGACAGAAUCCUGUGGGGAAAUAACCACUUCUUCAGAAUUAAUUUACCUAAGAGGAAACGGCGAGACUGGUUGAAAGACUUUGAAAAAGAAACGGGCCCGGCAGAGCAUGACCUGGAUGCAGCCAGUGAGGCUUCCUCGGAACCAGACUAUAACUAUGAAUUUGCACAGAUGGAAGUUAUCAUGAAAACGCUGAAUAGUAAUGACCCAGUUCAAAACGUGGUCCAGGUCCUGGAGAAACAGUACCUGGAAGAGAAGAGGAGCGCCCUUGAGGAGCAGCGGCUCAUGUACGAGCGGGAGCUGGAGCAGCUCCGCCAGCAGCUGUCCCCCGAGAGGCGGCCCCAGAGCAGCGGCCCGGACCGCCUGGCCUACAGCAGCCAGACGGCUCAGCAGAAAGUGACCCAGUGGGCAGAGGAGAGGGAUGAACUCUUCCGCCAAAGCCUGGCAAAGCUGCGGGAGCAGCUGGUCAAAGCUAACACCUUGGUGAGGGAGGCUAACUUCUUAGCCGAGGAGAUGAGCAGACUUACCGACUACCAGGUGACUCUGCAGAUCCCUGCUGCAAACCUCAGUGCCAAUAGAAAGAGAGGAGCGAUAGUGAGCGAGCCAGCUAUUCAGGUGAGGAGGAAAGGAAAGAGCACCCAAGUGUGGACCAUCGAGAAGCUGGAGAAUAAAUUAAUUGAUAUGCGAGACCUUUAUCAAGAAUGGAAGGAGAAGGUUCCUGAGACAAAGCGAGUCUACGGGAAACGAGGUGACCCUUUCUAUGAAGCCCAAGAGAAUCACAACCUGAUUGGCGUGGCCAAUGUGUUCUUGGAGUGUCUGUUCUGUGAUGUGAAACUUCUGUAUGCAGUUCCUAUCAUCAGCCAGCAGGGGGAGGUUGCCGGGCGUCUCCACGUGGAAGUGAUGCGAGUUACAGGCGCCGUCCCGGAGCGCGUGGCGGAGGAUGACUCCUCGGAGAACUCCAGUGAAAGCGGGAGUCUUGAAGUCGUAGACAACAGUGGGGAAAUCAUUCACCGAGUCAAAAAACUGACGUGCCGGGUAAAAAUUAAAGAGGCAACUGGGCUGCCCUUAAACCUCUCAAAUUUUGUCUUCUGUCAAUACACAUUCUGGGACCAGUGUGAAUCCACAGUGGCCGCCCCAGUAGUGGACCCAGAGGUGCCUUCCCCACAGUCCAAGGAUGCCCAGUACACUGUGACCUUCUCUCACUGUAAGGACUACGUGGUGAGCGUAACGGAAGAAUUCCUGGAGUUCAUUUCAGACGGAGCACUGGCCAUCGAAGUAUGGGGCCACCGGUGCACCGGGAACGGCAGCUCUGUCUGGGAAGUCGAUUCCCUUCAUGCUAAGACAAGAACGUUGCAUGACAGGUGGAACGAGGUUACUCGCAGGAUAGAGAUGUGGAUCUCCAUACUCGAGCUGAAUGAGCUGGGGGAGUACGCUGCUGUGGAGCUUCACCAGGCAAAAGAUGUCAACACGGGAGGUGUCUUUCAACUCAGACAGGGUCAUUCCCGGAGAGUGCAAGUCACGGUGAAGCCUGUCCAGCACUCUGGGACACUGCCACUCAUGGUCGAAGCUAUCUUGUCCGUCUCCAUUGGCUGCGUGACUGCCAGGUCCACCAAGCUCCAGAGAGGGCUGGACAGUUACCAGAGAGAUGAUGAGGAUGGUGAUGAUAUGGAUAGUUAUCAGGAAGAAGACUUAAACUGUGUGAGAGAGAGGUGGUCUGAUGCCCUCAUUAAACGGCGAGAAUACCUGGAUGAACAGAUUAAAAAAGUCAGCAAUAAAAAAGAGAAGACGGAGGACGACGUGGAGCGGGAAGCCCGCCUGGUGGAGCAGUGGGUAGGGCUGACGGAGGAGCGGAAUGCCGUGCUGGUGCCCGCGCCGGGCAGCGGGAUCCCCGGGGCGCCUGCUGACUGGAUCCCACCACCUGGAAUGGAAACCCACAUACCCGUUCUCUUCCUUGAUUUGAACGCGGAUGACCUCAGUGCCAAUGAGCAGCUUGUGGGCCCCCAUGCAUCGGGCGUGAACUCCAUCCUCCCCAAGGAGCAUGGCAGCCAGUUUUUCUACCUGCCCAUCAUAAAGCACAGUGAUGAGGAGGUUUCAGCCACAGCCUCCUGGGACUCCUCGGUGCAUGAUUCCGUUCACUUGAAUAGGGUCACCCCACAAAAUGAACGGAUUUACCUGAUAGUGAAGACCACAGUCCAGCUCAGCCACCCGGCUGCUAUGGAGCUGGUAUUACGAAAACGGAUUGCAGCCAAUAUUUACAACAAACAGAGUUUCACCCAGAGUUUAAAGAGGAGAAUAUCACUGAAGAAUAUAUUUUAUUCCUGUGGUGUAACCUAUGAAAUAGUAUCCAACAUACCAAAGGCAACAGAGGAGAUUGAGGACCGGGAGACUCUGGCUCUCCUGGCAGCGAGGAGUGAGAACGAAGGCACAGCAGAUGGGGAGACAUACAUCGAGAAGUAUACGCGAGGCGUGCUGCAGGUCGAGAACAUUCUGAGCCUGGAGCGGCUCCGGCAGGCAAUCACAGUCAAAGAAGCGCUUUCCACCAAAGCUCGGCACCUGCGGCGAAGCCUCAGCACACCAAAUGUUCAUAAUGUCUCUUCUAGUCGACCAGACCUUUCUGGCUUUGACGAUGAUGAUAAGGGUUGGCCAGAGAACCAGUUAGACAUGUCUGACUACAGCCCCAGUUACCAGGAUGUAUCGUGUUAUGGAACUUUGCCCAGGGAUUCACCUCGAAGGAGUAAAGAAGGUUGUACGUCAGAGAAUCUUCAUGCCUUAACAGUCAGCCCUUUUAAAGCAUUCUCACCUCAGCCGCCAAAGUUUUUCAAACCCCUAAUGCCUGUAAAAGAAGAGCAUAAGAAAAGGAUGGCGCUUGAAGCAAGGCCUCUUCUAAGCCAGGAGAGCAUGUCUCCACCUCAGGCACAUAGCCCUGGCUGCAUUGUGCCCUCGGGAAGCAAUGGCAGCAGCAUGCCUGUAGAACACAAUAGCAAACGUGAGAAGAAGAUUGACUCUGAGGAGGAGGAAAACGAUCUAGAAGCUCUUAACCGGAAGCUGAUAAGUUCACAGCCUUACGUACCUGUGGAGUUUGCCGACUUCAGCGUUUACAAUGCCAGCUUGGAGAACAGAGAGUGGUUUUCUUCUAAAGUGGAUUUGACGAACUCAAAGGUCCUGGAGAAAGAAGUGUCCUGCAGCCCCACCACCAGCAGCAUCACCAGUGGCUACUUUUCCCACAGUGCCUCCAAUGCCACCCUGUCUGACAUGGUGGUCCCUUCUAGUGACAGCUCGGAUCAGCUGGCCCUUCAGACAAAGGAUGCAGACACCAGUGAGCAUCCCGGAGCGUCACUUGUGCAUGACUUCAGACCAUCCUCAAACAAAGAGUUGACAGAACUAGAAAGAGGCCUGGUAAAGGAUAAGAUAACUGUGGUGCCACUCAAGGAAAACAGUGCCUUAGCCAAAGGGAGCCCAUCAUCCCAAAGCUUCCCUGAGAAGAACUCCAAAACCCACUGUAGGGCCAGCUCAUGUUCAGAGCAAGAUGCCUGCUCCAGCAAAUGUGGCCAGCCGGCCAGGGAGUUCUGCCCCAGGGAGGUGACCAUAGAACACACCACAAACAUCCUCGAGGACCAUUCUUUCACAGAGUUUAUGGGUGUGUCAGAUGGAAAAGAUUUUGAUGGUUUGACAGAUCCUUCUGCUGGAGAACUUUCGAGUAGGAGGAACCUACCAAAUACAACGGACAGUAAGGGUGUCUCAGAUGGGCCACAGGACCCUGGCCAGCUGUGUUCCUCGGCAGAGAAUGACCAGGUGAUAAUUCCAGGGGCAGUCUUUCGGGUCCUGUGCUAUCAGUGAGCGCACCUAAUUGUGCCCCAACUGCCAGAGGCCCUUCAUCACAGUGACUUAGUAGGAGAGGUUCAUUCAGAUGUUUCUGACAGGGACGAUGGGCCCACUUGGGGACCAAGUUCACAUGCUGCCCAGCUGGCUGGCUAUGGCGGAGCAAGUCUGCAUUCAUAGUUUCCGAGUAGGGUUAUGACAUAUGUAGGACCAGCAUAUGGGUUCAUGUUGAAUUAAGUGUUCACCUCGAUAAGGGUCAGUCAAUCUCGUGUUCACUCCCCGAGAUGUUUAAUUACGGGCUCUCCCAAGGUAUCCUGGUAGCAUCUACCAUAUUUCAUCACAUCUGUGAUUUCUUUGAUUAUUAGAUACGCUAUUAUUUUAUGUAUCAUUAAAGCAAAUACUUCCAAUUAAACUAUAUCAUAUCAGCAGUUUCAGAGACGUUAAAAAGCACGGGGUGGUGGUGGGGGAGAGAUGCAUCGCAGAUUUGAUAAAAUACAGCCAUUUGGUGCCCAUAGGAUAAAAAAUGCUUUGGGGAAGCAUAGGUGAAUUCCCUGAGCAAUUUAAGUGUGGGCUUUGGAAGUUACCCAGGUUGGUUUAUUAUAGUGUUUAAUUUUCGUACUGGAACAAAAUGGGUUUUUGCUAAUAUUCCUAAGGAAAAUAGUGAAUUAUAUAAUUAAGAGUACCACCAUCUCUUCCCAUUCAGGGUCACUGUUUUGAUCCCACACCCCAGCCAUAGCUGUGUAAGGGGUAUGGGAGCACCAGUCUUAGCAAAACAAAGAGCUGACAGAGUUAGAAAGCAGCUCAGUGAAGGAGCAGAUAAUCAGGGUGCCCGUCUGUCUCUCUGUUUUGCUGAGGAAGUUAUCAUCCCAGUUUGCUGGCUUCUUCCCCCAAGUCUUCCAUACUAGCCCUUAAAAUUUCAGUGUGUGGUCAUUUAUACCGCAUAUUCAUAAAUAAACUGCAAAAAACAAAUAGUGGGGUCUCUUACAACUCAGAAAAGACUUCUUUCCCCAACAUAAGAAUAAAAUAAAGUUACUCAUUACUGUUCUUGCAAGCUAAACAGUCAUUUGUUUAAAAGUCUUCAGCUUCCUUUACACUGAUUUUAAGCAGAAUCUGCUUUGCUGGCCUACAUCAGCUUUUUAGUCCUUCUUCCAAGAAGUCCAGGAAGAAUGUGGUCCAGGGGUUAAUUCUUCACCCUGGAACAGUGCUUCUCAAACCUAAAUGUGCAAUAGACUCACUGGGGGGUGUUGGGAGAAGAUGCCUCUUAAAAAUACAAAUUCCCAGGAGUCGCUGCCCCGCACACCUAAGGUUUUACUUCAGUCCCCGGUGGAGCGGGGUGAGGGGUGGUGUGGGGAUAAGGUUUUCACAAACCCCCCUGCUGAAGGGAUACAGGGUAGGGUGUCUGAGGGCUGCCCUGUUAGAAGCACGGCCCGCAGAAGGGGGAAGAGGGGCAGCAAACUCCCCCUCACCCCCGCCUUAUUUCAUCGCCUGGAUUAUUUAGAACCCAGUAACAGGAACACUACCUGAUUUUUGCUUUCGAAAGGUUCCAGAAUAGAAUAGUGUGUCCCUGCCAAAGGUCUUGGUUUAAAAGUGGAAUUUACAAAGACAUUUGUUGUAUCAGGGUAAUGUGGGACUAUGGUGAGUUUUUUCUUUUUUAGAAAAUUGCUUUAGUAUUUUUGUUAUCUUGGUUUUAAUUUGUUUUGACAGUGUUAAAGUCUGAGGACUUUUUAAGCACUCAGGUUUGACUUUUGUUCUCACCCUGGUAUGACUUACAGUGUAGACCCAGGAAUAACACUUUUUUUACUUUAACUUUAGGUCUUGCUGUCUGUCAUUACUUUUCUUAGAAUCUUCAGCCUUGGAGCUAGGUUCACCCCUUGUGUCGAGUACGUUCUAGAACUGGAUCCUGUAGUCAGCCAGAUCCUGCAGGUCCCUCUAGGAAGAGCCCCUCAUGGG